GCUUUGCUACUUUACAGUGAGUGGCACACACUCUUAAAUCACAGAUCCAAAGCUUUCCACUUCUUGGAUUCUUUCUCUCUCUCUCUACUUUCCCGAGAAAAUUCAACUUCCCAGGAAAAUAAAAAUCCCUCUUCUUUGCAAGAAACCCCCCCCCCCCCGCCCUUCAUUCCCAGGAUUGCCUUCUUGGCAAGAAAUCAAUCGUCUUUUCUUGAUUCUAAGAAAACUCAGUUUUUUUUAUACACUUUUCAACAAGCUUCUUUUUUCUUUUUAACAAUCAAUGGUAUCAAAAUAGUUCCUUUUUUUCUUUCUCCCUUGAAUUCAAGAAAAACCCAGUUUUUUUAUAAUAUAUUAUUUAUUGAAAAGUUUUUUUUUCUGGAGGGGUUAAUUCAAUGGCUUCAAGAGAAGUAUCAACAAUGAUAAAACAAGGGUUUAUUUCAGACCCAACACUCUCUUUAUCUUUCUCUCCAUCAAGAACAACUCUCUCAUCAAGACCCUAUUCUCCUUCCUCAUCUCCUCCUCCUCCUCCUCCUCCUCCAACAACAGAGUCAGCUCGGCCGAGUCACAACAACCCGACGCUCUUCGAGAUGAUGUCAGAGGAAGCCCUCCGUGGGUCCAAAACCAUUGAAGAAUCUCGGAAAAAGACCCAACGCCGAGUUGCUAAGUUCCUAACUGAGCUCAAAGCCUAUAACUUCAAGAACGGGGGGCUAGGAUUAAGUGAUGUUAAGCUGACCGUAGUGUCAAGAGAUGGUUAUAGGGUGGCAAUGGAUGUGCACAGGAGGGUUUUGUCUGAGAAAAGCAGGUUCUUUGCUGAAAAGUUGAGUCAAAGGAGAGAGAAAGGAGUGUCUCACACAGUGGAAAUCAGUGAAUGUGAUGAUGUUGAGGUUUAUGUUGAAACUGUUGUUUUGAUGUAUUGUGAUGAUCUAAAGAAGAGGUUGAUUGGUGAAAAUGUUACCAAAGUCUUGGCUUUGCUUAAGGUUUCUGCAGCCAUUAUGUUUGAUGCAGGGAUUAGUUCUUGCUUGGAGUAUUUGGAAGCUGUUCCGUGGUCUGAGGAUGAAGAGGAAAAAGUUGUAUCUCAUCUCAGCCAACUUGAGCUUGAUGGGUCGAUGACUGAAGUUCUUCAGAGAGUAUCAUCUGAACCAUCUACUUCUGCAAGAUCGGAUGGCAUCCUCUUGAACCUUCUUAGUGGUGUUCUUCAAGCCAAGGAUGAUAAAGCUCGUCGAGAAAUGAAGACCCUUUUUUCACGGUUACUUAGAGAAGAUUCAUUUGAUGAUGACAAUCGGUUUGAUGUCUCGAAAGACACCCUUUAUCAUCUCUGUCAUAGAUGUCUCAGUUCUCUUGUUCUCUGCUUAUCUGAAGCUACGGCAAUUGACAGUAGUAGGCGAGAUCGAGGAGUUUUAAUGGCUGAAAUAGCUCGAGAAGCUGACAAUUUGCAGUGGAUCGUUGAUAUUCUAAUAGAAAAGAGAAUGGCAAACGACUUUGUGAAAUUGUGGGCAGAUCAAAGGGAACUUGCAGAGCUUCAUUCAAAGAUCCCUACCAUGUACCGGCACGAAAUCAGUAGGAUCACCGCUCAACUAUGUAUUGCAAUAGGUAGAGGAAACAUCUUGGUAGGUAAAGAAAGCCGGUUCUUGCUGCUGGCGACAUGGUUGGAAGCACUUUAUGAUGAUUUUGGGUGGAUGAGAAGAGCAUCUAAAUCGGUAGACAAGAAACUAGUAGAAGAUGGAUUGAGCCACACAAUUCUUACGCUAUCUAUGAGGCAACAACAGGCUAUUUUGCUGAAGUGGUUCGACCGAUUUCUGAAUAAAGGGGAUGAUUGUCCCAAUAUCCAGAGAGCAUUUGAAGUUUGGUGGAGAAGGGCUUUCAUUAGACAAUACACUGAUGCGGAGGAUAGUUCCCAGUUGCAAAUAACCGUCUGCAGCUACCCAAGUUAAACCAAAGCCGAAUGGUGUAUCCCCAUAUCAACUGAUAUUCUUUUUUUGUAAUUUGUCAUCCUUUCCUUUUAUCUCCACAUUUUUAUUUUUGUUUUUGUUUUGUUUUCCUUUUGGACCAAAUGAGAGUUUUUGUUCUUACUGAAACAACGUUUAUCUUCUAUUGAUGGGGAAGGAGCUCCAGCUGAGGUCCUCUACUUGUAGAUACACCUGUCAAUUGAGCAGGUUGAUUAAUUUUGGGGUUAUUCAAUUUAGGUUUAAAUUUUCAAAGUUCAA